CUAUAGAAGAAUGCAUCAUUUCAGUGUCAAUUCGUGCAUGAGUGGGGCACUGCAACUUUAAAUAGCCAAUAGUGCACACUAACACUCAGCACUGCCAGGCACAUUGAAAAAGCCAGAACACGAAUGAGUCGUACAGGGAAAGAAAAAUGUACGCGCAUUUGAAAGCAGGGCCUGGCGCAUUUCAGCAUUGCGUCUCCAUGCCUUACGACUACGUGGGUUAUUGGCAACCAGAUCAGACAGCGCUGUGGACAAAGGAGCUGACCAUGCCUGAGAAAAGGUUUAUUAUGCAGAAUAAUCCAGCGGAAGUCAUGCUAAAACAGAAAGACCAGAAGGAUGCAGAACUGGACAAGAAGAUUGUGGCAUUAAGAAAAAAGAACGAGGCCUUGAUGAAGAGAUAUCAAGAAGUAGAAGAGGACAAGAAGAGGGCAGAACAGGAGGGAAUGUCUUACACCCCUCGAAAAAAUAAAGCAGAGGACCUGACAAUAACUAUUAAAAAGUCUCCCCAUGAGACCCGAGUUGUGAAGAAGAAGCAGGGGACAGGGUGUCCUCCCAGUCCGAGAGGUGUGAAUGAGCUUGAGGAUGCUGAUGUUAGAGACCUUUUGACUCUGGGCAGAGGGAAGAGGAUGCAGCUGCUGGUGACUAUGGCGAACAAGACAAAGGGUAAAAGAUUCGUAAGUGAGAAACAAAGCUUAAACUGUCCUCCCAGCCCAGGGGGUCUAAAAGACUUCAAUGACGAAGAAGAACACAGACUGUCUAUCGGUAGAGGAAAACAAAUCCAGCUCACAAAGACACCGAACCACAGAGCAAAGGAGGAAGAGGGAGCAAAAAACCUGAAUGAUGAAUCUGAAUGGUUUGCACAGUGUCGCCCUUAUUAUAAGCAUGGCAGAGCUGAAAAGGGUCCAGUAUGUGGAUUCUCGGACGACCUACAGCAACCUGAAGUGGAAAGCGAUAAGAAAAACCACGGGAGAGGGAAUGCGCGGAAUAAGGGAGGUUCCAACAUUGACAAUGUUGCACAGGAAUUCCAGAAACUGAACCUGGACAGGGAGCAACAGGAUGCAAGGUGGCAUGAACCUAAGAGCCCUGCAGACCUGUCUGUACCCACGUCCAGGCAGGAACAAGAGGAGUACAGUCGCUGGAAAAAAGAGCGAGAACAGAUUGAUAGAGAACGCGUGGCACGCCACAAGAAUACCAAGGGUGAAUGGAAACGUGCCUGGGAUGUAGAUAAAGCAGAAAACAUGUAUGGAGAACAAUUUCUUGAGGAGGUUGACCCUAGAGUGGGAAGAAAUGCAAGCAAAUUUAGAACAAGAUUUCCCAUCCGUGAAGCAAGGUGUGGCAUGCAGCGCAGUGGAGGGAAGGGUUGGAGAGGUGUGCUGACAGUAAGCAGCAAAGCCAAGGGAAAGGACCGGCUGACAGGCAGGGCAAAGAGGUGGGAUUUGAAAAAGGAAGAGGAACAUUUGCAGUCUAUUGAAAAGUUUUCUAAAGACUUCAAGGGAGAGGAAGACCCGGAGGCUUGGGGAGAUCCAGAAGUAGAUGAAAUUCUGCAAGGGUGGCAGCUGAAUACAGACUGUAAGGACUGGGAAACAUCUGAGAAUGAAUUGUUCCAUGAGAAAACUACAGGCCUUUCCAAUGGUAAAACUCAUAAAGAACAAUUGGUACAAGGAAUACCAAAACCUAAAAAUGGUUUUAGUGAAAAUCUAACAGAGUUGGCUUUUGAUAUAGAGGACUCGGCUUCAAGCAACACUGUCCUCAAAGAGGAGGCCAAGGCAAAUGGAUGUGUGAUGGAUGGUGAAGCUUUACUGCAAACGAGAGGGGGAAAUGUUGGCAGUUCACCUUCUGAAACUUAUAUGGUGGAUGGUGGCUCAGUCCAGAAGACACAUGGCAAUGCUUCUGUAGACACUGGGAUUGUGAAGAUAUUGGAGAAUGAUUUAAAUACUAGAUGUGAAUCCUUAAUGGAAGCUCAAGAACCUCCAAACCCACAAAGCUUGCAGGACUGUAAGAUCCAGGAGAAUGCUACCUCGGGUGCUGUGCAAGACGAUGACUUGACAAGCAGCAGAAAGUUGAAGGAGGAGACAGGGGAAGCUCCCGUGUUCACCGGAACUGCAGAAACUGAAAAAGCAAUGCAGAGUUGUGAAUUUCAAAUAGAAGUUCCAGAAGAACCAGGAAGGGAUUGUACUAGUGACGAUUCACACUUUCACUUGCUUAAGGAUGAGAAACCAGACGCUAAUAAAAAGAAUAAUACAAGAAGUCCGGAAGGCAGUAUUGAUUCCAGUGUUUCCAUGAUGGGUUCUGACUCUGGAGCUCCACUUACAGCCCCUGAGACUAGCAGUGUCGAGGUAGAAGAACUUGGGAAAGUCUUUUAAGUGAAGAAAUUGAAAACUACUGUUCUUUAAUUAAUCUUUUGGUGAAAGGAAAAAAAAAAGUUAAACACAACACAUAAGUGAAACCAAAAAAAAGAGAGAAAUGUAUAUGGGUUUUUUUUUUUAAAAAGGAUAGUUUUGGUUUUGUUUCUUUUUGGGGGCUUUUUGGUUUGGCUAAAAGCACUUAAAAUGCUAGCACUUUAUUUAUUUUGUAUUAUUUAGAACCGUUUAGAAUAUUGCCUCGUGUACACAUGCUAGGUAAAAGUCAUUGAGCGAAGACAAUGGCAAAUUUCCAGACAGCAAUAAAAUCACUUUAAUGGUAAUCUAGAACAAAUUAAUGUAUAUGUUCCUUUCUACACCUAGGUUGUUACAAUUACAGUGGUAUUAUUCCUCUGAAAAUGUAUCCUUCACAUAGGGCCCAUUGUUUCUAUUGUAAGGUGAACGUUUUACUCUUUUGCUGAAAGAUCUAUUAAAUCCAACAUAGUCAAUGCCAGUUCUGGUGACAGUGUAACACCCCUUUUUCAUAGAACAUUAUUUUGAAUGCACAGCAUUCUGGCUGACACUGCUACAAAUUUAUUUAUGUAUUUAUUAUAUUUUACAAAAGUAGGAAGCAUUUAUUUUUGACUAUAAAACGUGGAAUAUUAAGGGAUUUUUUUUAAAAAUUGAAACUACAUCUUGUUUUAGUGCUGCCCCUUUAUAACAACAGUGUGAAACUGUAGUUGAGUAUUUUGUGUUCCACCUUAUAACUAGAAGCAAUUGCUAGUGUGGCAUUAUAGGUUUAUUAGGUUUCAUUAUUACCUCUUUUAAUGAGGGAGCACUGUAUAUUAUCAGGUUUCUUCAUUCACACUUUAUAGUAAGGCAAAUUCAUAUGAUUAAUUACAAUACCAGAAGGAUAAUGGGUUGAGUAUAACUUCAAUUUAGUUAUUUUUGUGGCUGUAAAUACCUAAUGAAUUCCAAUAGAAUAUCACAGUAGUAUCGCUUAUUCUGUUGGAAUUCAUGUUGAUUUGCAGAUGCUAGUUUAAAAGCAUUGCUAUUACUUAAUUUUGGCAUUUCAGUAAUGUAGGACUGUUUCAGACUCACAACUACACAUUUUAAACAGAUAUAUCUAACAAUAUCUAAUUCUUCUGGUGUUGAGUGAAACGUAUGAUGUCAUAGGUACAGUAACUAUUAGAUAUAGUCAACCUUACCUUGCUGGGACAAGCCACAGAUCAAUUAUUUUAGAGCAUUUUAAUCUACCCGGCAUUAACCCAGGUUAUCCUAAAAAUAAGUGGUUGAUGGAUUCCAGGGUGAUUCUCGAAUGCUGUAAAAUAUUUUAUAGGUGGAUCAAAUCAUCCCUUGAGUCACAUGCAAACAUUUCGGAUUGUAACACCGAUGAAGGCAUUAACCGAAACAUUUGUAAAAAUUGAAGGACCAUUUUAGUCAGCCCUGUUUAAGGGGGAGAUAUUUGUUAUCCCCCAUUUUCUCUGUCUGCGUUUUGUUUUUCAAACAACAACUCAUUAACAAGUUCAUAGAAAGAAAUCGUUUUAUAUGCGAGUUGAAGGUUUGGUGCUCUAGCCAGCUGUCAGUUUUGGGGGUGGUAGCCCAUGGGAAAAGGCCAGGACAAGUUUAAAGACGCAGAGUAAGGGGGGGAACAAUGUUUUCUUAGUGCUGACCACCAUUCUACAGCAGCUACUUUUAGAUGUUUCUUUUGCAUUCAUCAAGCAGGAAAUACACACACAUGCUUUUGAAUUUGACAUCAGCAUGGAUUUAGUUUAUCUCCACUGUAAACUGAGCACAUUUUGAGGUUACUCAUUGUAACAUUUGCCUAGAAUAAAAUAAAUGCAUUUUUUGGUUUGUUUGUUUGUUUUUCUGUAAAGGCUUUCUGUCCAAAAUAGGAUUUUAUUUAUCUAUUUAUUAUAUUCUUAUUUUUUGCAUGUUAACCUGUUUUAACAAUGAGCCUUAAUAAGUGCUCAAAAAAGGGGAGAAAAAUAUUGUUUGAUUUAAAAAUAAUUUUAUAUGCAAUUUUAUGAAUGUAAAACUUCCACUAGAAAAAAACAUGAUUGUGCCACAUACUGUAUACUGGAAACUCCUUAAAAAAGCCUUAUUGCUCAAUAGUGCCUAAUGCUGGUUAUAAUGUUACAGAUGGAAGAACAGGUUGGAUGGAUGUCAUUGCUGCCCACACCAAGCUAGUGUGACUUAAUAAUUUAUUUGCCGACUUCUGAGUCCUGCUAAUAAUAUGUUUAAUAAUGUUUAGCACUGUAUUGUUUUUUUUUUCUUUUUAUAACUCCAUUACGGAGCCCACGUACUGUAACUCUUGUCGAAGGUAAGCAAAUGGUUAACAGGAUCAUGCAGCUGCACUAGAAACACUGUUAUUUUAAAGGAGUAAUUAUCUCGCCUCCUUAAUUUGAGUUUAUAUUGAAUGUUUAGUAUCAAAAUAUAGAGAACUCUACCGCAAAAUCAAAGCCGUAACGCUAAUAUUAUUCUGUAACUCUUCCAACACAUGCGAGGGUUCUUAGACUGGACAACGUUCCCCACCAGCCUUACUCAUAUGGUUUGGUUGUUCUUGUUGUUGAUGGCUUAACCAAUGCUAUUGGAUGCUGCCCUGAGUCUAUGUGCAUCGAUAGAAAAGGGAGGCAACUUAUUUUUUGCCUUUGUGGUUAAGCUUGGCUGUUUGUAUAAUUCAGGAUGUUUAGAGUAGAAUGUUAGAUUACUUUGUUAAAAAAUACAUAAAGGAAACAGAAUGUCCAUUUAGAUGGUUUUUAAAGUCCUCCAAAAAAUUCCACAAGCAACGGUGGGGCAGUUAAUUAAUUCUAGAUUUACAUGUAGCAGGCCCCCUCUGCGAAAUAAGAUCCCUUAGCCUUGGCUUCAUGCAGAAAAGCAGAUGGAAAUGACUGGGGCAGACAGAGGUGUUCAUUUUUAAAUGUGUUUAGUACAGGAUGCACAAAAGAAAUCUUGAAACAGCCCUAGGCACUGUAUGUAUGACAUGUGGUAUCUAAUUUAAAACUUGGAUUCAUUGAGCAAUAUAAAUGGUGGUUAUAAAGUUACUUUGGCUCUUUACGCAGAUUGUGUCAUUUAAAAACUGGCUCAGGGUUUGAGUCCUGCUUGUGAUAAGCUGCUAGAUCCUGGAUUAGGAUCCACUGGGAGAGCCUCAUUACCCUUUGGGUGCCUGCAGGCUUCGGGUAGUAAAUUGAAUGAAGCUAGUUUGCCUCAUCAUGCUCCAUCAACCCCUAUAUGGUACACUGAGAACCUGCCACCGGGGUUCAGUAGUUUCCUAACAUCCGCUGCCUCCUGUAGGUUCAGAGGAUGGAAAGCCUGACAGCACACAGAGGGAGGCCUCCUGCUGAUCUUCAGUCAGCUUGUUCUCAAGUGGAUUGCAGUUAGAUUGCAAAAAGGAUGUCAAUUUUAUUUUAUUUAUUUAUUUUUUUUACAAAUUGACAAAUCAAAUCGAGGGAUGUCAUUUCUCAAGGGCGUGUUUCUCAGUAAAAACACUUUCUGCUGUUUAAAAUUGUUAGGUAAUGAAGGAACCCCACCUAGACAAGGUGAUCGUUAAUGCAGAAUGUUUUCUGUAGCCGUAGUUACCGCUUCCUCUUUUACCCUAGAAUGUAGUUGUCCUCUAUUUAGUGCCUCUGACACGUUCCAUUGCUCUGUGGACAGUAUUGUAUUCACAUAGGCAGUGCAAAGUGACCCACUGGUUUAUAAUCAGGCGUAUUCUGCAUGUGUUCAUGUUGUUGGAUCUUGUUGUAGUGGGGCACAUUGAAAUGUCCCUUUCAUUACAAUCAUAAAAAUGUGUAUCCAUACACUAAACCACACACAAUCAGACAUUGACAAAUGUACACAUACAUGCAUACAUACAUGUAUCAAAGGAAAUGGUUAAAAAAAAAAAAAACAUACGUAUUGAUUUUCAGUGUUCUGUUAUAUAGCAGUGUUUUUCUGUUAUAAAAGUGUUAUCUUUUUACUUAGAACAUUACUGUUGUUGAUUAUCUACAGUAUAUCUUCCAAAAUAAGUUAAAUUACAGAUACCUGCAAUUUUAUUUUCAUAAUGUAGAACUGAAUUCUGAAAAAAUGUGUCUAAUUGUGAUAACAAAAAAAAAGAAAAAAGUUUUCUUUUCACAUCUUAUAGAUUUGUGGACUAUUUUCAUUGAAAGAUAAGGGGCCAUAGACUUCAUAUUAAUUGUACGUUAUUAUACAGUCUAUAUGUAGUCUAUCGCACAAGGGUUACCUGAUGUUCCGUUUUGACAUUCUGAAAUCUGUAUUUCCUGUACAUGACAUUUGUAGAGCAUUUUGUAUUAAAGAUUUGUUUUUUUCAAAG